CUGUCCCAUACGAACAUCCCUUCCUACCCUGCACUCAGGAGGAUGAUGCAUCGUGAUCACUGUGACUAGCUUUCGCUUUGUUCCCUGACAGUGCAAGCCUGAAACCUUCUACUGGAUGUCUUUGUGGACCUUGCUGCCCAGGCAGAGGUUCCAUCACGCUCUCCUUCCAGUCCAAUAUGCCGGCUACUACCAUGGCCCCCCGAAUUCUGGCUCCCAGCUCGGCCAGGUUCGCCACCCAAUUUUCAUGCGAAUGAUCUCUAAGCUCGCAGUGGCAACCCAACUCAAUUUUGCUGCGCCAAUCCACAUCCCCUGUCCUUCUUUAGCUACUGUGCGUCGCAGACAUAUAUCCAGUCGUGCUAUAACACAUCCCUGUCGAUCGUCUAGGCCCGUGACGGCAUCUGCUCAAACCUUCGUCUCCCCGAGGUUACUUCCAGCAGUUUCACGCGCUGCCUCCAGCGACACCCUGGCCACAAUGGCAACUGAUGAAGUCAUGCAAAAUGGGGUAGUCGGUAGCCCCGAUAAUGAGGUACAAGAUGCCGAUCUUAAGGGUACUCUGGGUGCCAAUGAACUAGGAAAAGGUUCACCCAUGGAUCCAGAGUCAGACGAAGACGUACCAGUUGAGGCAGAGGAGCUUCAGGACGCUCUCACGCGGGCCCCGCCGGUCAAUAGCAGCUACUUACCCCUCCCUUGGAAGGGAAGACUAGGCUAUGCAUGUCUGAAUACGUAUCUACGAUACUCGACCCCGCCCGUUUUCUGCUCCCGGACCUGCCGCAUUGCCUCAAUCUUGGAAAACAGACAUCCCCUUUCGGAUCCUACGCAGCCCGCUCAUCCGACCAAGAACCGUCCUGAUCGGGAUCAGCCCGCUGAUGUCGCGCGCGGUCAGGCAUAUGUUGAGGCUUUAGGCCUCACAAAUGCUCGCGAUCUCGUCAAAAUGCUGCGCUGGAAUGAUCGCUACGGAAUCAAGUUUAUGCGAUUGAGCAGCGAGAUGUUUCCAUUUGCGAGCCACAAGGAGUACGGCUACAAGCUGGCCCCCUUUGCCUCCGAAGUAUUGGCAGAAGCUGGUCGAGUUGUUGCCGAGCUCGGCCAUCGCGUGAGCGUGCAUCCCGGCCAAUUCACGCAACUUGGUUCUCCCAAAGACGAAGUGGUGGAAAGCUCUAUCCGAGAUCUAGAGUAUCACUCGGAGAUGCUCCAGCUGCUUAAACUGCCGCCUCAACAGGAUAGGGAUGCUGUCAUGAUACUCCAUAUGGGCGGCGUCUUCGGCGACAAGGAAGCCACCCUUGACCGGUUCAGAGAGAAUUAUAAAGGCCUAUCGCAGGAUGUCAAAAAUCGGCUUGUCUUGGAGAACGACGAUGUCAGCUGGUCGGUUCACGACCUACUUCCCAUCUGUGAAGAACUGAACAUACCCCUUGUACUCGACUUCCACCACCACAACAUCAUCUUUGAUUCGAGCCAGCUUCGCGAAGGCACGCUAGACAUCAUGUCCUUAUUUGAUCGAAUCAAGGCGACAUGGACCCGGAAGGGCAUCACGCAGAAGAUGCACUAUUCCGAGCCAGAGCCGUCUGCAAUUACGAACCGCCAGCGUCGAAAGCAUAGCCCCCGGGUUUCCACUCUUCCGCCCUGCGAUCCUACCAUGGAUCUGAUGAUUGAGGCUAAGGAUAAGGAGCAGGCUGUUUUCGAACUGAUGCGGACAUUCAAGCUGCCGGGUCACGAACUUGUCAAUGAUAUUAUACCUCACGUUCGUAAUGACGAAAACAGGCCACAUAAGCCGCCGAGAAAAACCAGAAAGAACGGAGGCUUUGUCGAUCUGGAAGGACUUGUUCCACCUCGAACUGUCCCGGAAGAAGAAGUGGGCAUGGGUGGUCCAGAAGGGCGGGUCUACUGGCCGCCUGGCAUGGAGGAAUGGCUUCGACCAAAAAAGAUUGUUCGCACCAAAGCUAUCCAAAGUCCUCGCCGCACUCCUUCCACGAAGAAAGUAGCAGUCGAGAAUGGCGAUUCUGUGCCACAGGAAGAUGAGCCGAAUGGAAGCGUUCCAGCUACUCCAGUUUCGAAGAAGAGGACAACCAAUGCGAAGAAGCAGGUCUCCAGGAAACGGAAAGCUUCUCCGGAGCCCACUCCGUCAGCUUCAGAUGGAGAAGCAUCCGAAAUUCCGGAGAGACCGGCUCUCAAGCGAUCCCAGAGCAGUGGUGUUCGUCGAAGCCGACGAGCAAAGAAGGUGGACUACACCGAAGAUGUAGAUUCUGUCUGAUCAAAGAAGGUACCAGCUCUUGGCUAUAACUACACAUUGCUGCGGGCACCUUGGUCAAUGCUCGUUGGCGACUUGCCUUCUUAUUCCAGCUCUACCUUCUGAGCCAACGCAUGCAAUAGCAGAGAAGUCUGACUGCAUCAGGUAGACCCUGUUUUGGGCCUUUCAUGCGACGAUUUCCUGCAUGAUUGAUCAGCUUUGACAGCCGCCAACAUGUUAUCCUAUAUAAUGUCUCUGUCCAUAGACUACUUGUACACGUUUGGGUAUGUAGAUAGAUGGGCUUGUAAACACAGCAUGUUGGCUGAAAGUGCCUACUACAUGCAUGCGUGACAUAACCCAAGCUGAAUAUAUAUAUUAGCUGAGUUGAAGGGAAACAAGAUAUAAUGUUCCUCGCAGAUGCAUCAUGAAGGUCAUCAUUACGGACUAUGACCCUGG